UCUUUUUUUAUUAAAAAUAAACUAAGUAGGUUAAACCCCAAAGAUAAUUGCUUCCUCGCUUUGUCUGCUUAACAAUAUAAAAACCUAAUCAAAGUUCUAAACAAAAGAGAAACAGUUUUAGUCAAAAAUUCUGGUUUCGAUCCUCUAAAACUUAUUAAUUAAGAGUUCAAAUCCGAUUUAUCGCGCCCCCGCCGUAUCUUUCUCUCUCGCCUCCACUUGCUCUCCGCAGUUCACCGGAAUAUUCCUCCCCCUUUUCCGGUGAUCCGCUACCCGUCACCAUAUUUAGGCAAGUGAGAAGAAACCAAGCAGAGAAUAUGUACUGCUAAUCGUGACUUCAAGGAUGAUCGCCCCCGGUCGGCGGGUUUGAUCGCAGGUGGAGAAUGGGGCGGAAUUCCUGUCAUCGCCCUGAUGAAACCAAGCGAAUCGAUAGCAGUGCGAUCAGGAUUUCCUCGCCAGCGAUCGCGCCUACAGCGCCGCCGCCUCCGCACCGCAAUCGGCAGCAGGCGGCGAUCCUGAAGGAUCCGAAGAGGAAAAACGUUCGAUUCGCGGAGAUCGCAGGAGGGAAGAUGGCGGAGUGCGCGGCCAUCUUCUGUUGCUGCCCGUGCGGCCUAGCGAACCUCUUUUUCCUCGCUGCCGUGAGGCUUCCGGCAGGCCUCUGCUGCCGGGCGGUUCAGAAGCGGAUAUUAACCCGGCGGGCGAAGAAAAAGGCGGAGAUUCUUGAAUCCGGAUCCGGAUCCAACAGUGGUUGUAGCAGCGGAUCCUCCAAGAGCGGAUCGGUCACCGACGACGGGUUUGUGGAGUUUACCGGUACCCAAGGAAGUGUUAUGAUGGUUAUCGGCAAUACUUGGCCGGCGAGGUCGCCGACGUCGGAGGUCGUCGAGUUUGAGAAGGAGGUCUGGUCUAAAUUUUGCGGCAGAGGGUUCUGGCGAAGCUUGUCGCAGAAGGAUGAUCUCUAACGGCGCCUUAACGGAGCAGUAACGAAGCCCUACCCACUGUCGCUGGGAAAUAAAAGAGAUCACAUCCUAAAAUAAUGUAAAUUGUGAACAUGAACGGUAUUAUCGUUAUUUACAUUUUUAAAAGAAUUUUUAUUUGAAUGGAAGGAAAAUAAAGAAAAUAAAUAAAAAUUUAAUAAGUCGUGGCCGAUUAUGAA